UGCUUUACGUUUUGUAGACACGCGCAAUGAUAGCCGGAAGCACCGAUCUGAGGAAAAUAAAAAUCGAUGAAAUCCACUGUAUUUUGCGAGUAUAAACCUCGCACUUAAUGUCCUUUUCGCGACCGUAGGCUCGAAUUGAUCUGCCUUUUUCACCGUCACUGUGCCGGAGGCGAAGGUAGAGAGCAGGAAAGCUGCUCCAUUUGAACGAAGUUGCUCGGUAGGGGUUUAGCUGACGUGUGGAGAAGUUGAGACUGCCAGAGAGCAGAUAAACAAACAUAAACAAGCAGGGACCAGCUGAGCGCCUGUCCGAACCGAACCAGCGGCACGGAGAGAUGUCAGGGAGAGCGAGUUUCCUCUUUCAAACCCAAGAAUGAUCCACAAGAGACCGUGACUUACACUGAUACUAGCUCCAUGUCAACUGUCAACACUCGCACACAAAGAAUUUCGGAAACAAAACACGAGGACCAGCCAUAGGCUUUAGCAGAAAAGCCAUUGCUCCUGUCACUGUCUCUUUGUCAAGACAGGCUAGCAUGGACAACCAAUAAGUUUACCUUCCAGUUUUCAGCUGUGACGAAACGAAUACAUAUUACAGUGCAAGGAGACAGAGAAGUGGGAUUAACAUGGCCCACCAGGCAACCCCUAGUUCCCAGAAGGCCCUGAUGAUGGAGCUGAAGUCUCUGCAGGAGCAGCCGGUGGAGGGCUUUCGCAUCACUCUGGUGGAGGAGUCUGACCUCUAUAACUGGGAAGUGGCCAUCUUCGGGCCCCCUAACACCCUCUAUGAGGGAGGCUACUUUAAGGCUCACAUCAAGUUCCCAGUUGACUACCCUUACUCCCCACCAACCUUCCGCUUUCUCACAAAGAUGUGGCACCCCAACAUCUACGAGAACGGAGAUGUGUGCAUCUCCAUCUUGCACCCUCCUGUCGAUGACCCUCAGAGCGGGGAGCUGCCCUCUGAACGGUGGAACCCCACCCAGAACGUGAGGACUAUCCUACUUAGUGUGAUCUCUCUGCUGAAUGAGCCCAACACCUUCUCCCCGGCUAAUGUGGAUGCGUCUGUCAUGUUUCGCAAAUGGAGGGACAGUAAAGGCAAAGACAAGGAGUAUGCAGAGAUAAUCAGGAAGCAGGUGAUGUCAACAGCAGCAGAGGCUGAGCGCGAUGGAGUCAAGGUGCCGACCACGUUGGCCGAGUACUGCGUCCAGACCAGGGUUCCCUCCCAGGACAGCAGUUCAGACCUUCUCUAUGACGACCUGUAUGACGACGACAUGGAAGAGGAGGACGAGGAGGAAGACGAGAGCGAUAUGGAGUCUGUAGGUGAAGCCGGGGGGAUGAGCCCCACGGAGGACGGCGGGACGUCCACCAGACGUUACGACAACCAAGACGACUCUGGCAACGAGGACUCAUGAUGAUCUGGAUGAUAACUCCUCCCUGCCAACUCCCCCAACCACCCUCCCUUAUGUGUUACGUUGGUGUGGUGUGUGUUUGCGUGUUGUGUUUGCGUGUGUGUUUGCGUGGUGUGUGUUGGUGUGUGUUGUGUGGUGUGUGUGUGUGUGUGUGGUGUGUGUGUGUGUGUGUGUGUGUGUGUGUGUGUGUGUGUGUGUGUGUGUGUGUUGUGUGUGUGUGUGUGUGUGUGUGUGUGUGUGUGUGUGUGUGUGUGGUGUGUGUGUGUGUUGUGUGUGGUGUGUGUCGCGUGCGCGCGCGCGUGUGCGUGCAAUUGCACAUACAGUGGGGUCAAAAGUCAACUGCCAAAAUAAACGUUUCAUCAUUAUUAAACUAAUACAAUGAUUGGUCACAAUACUAGUUGUAGUCAAUGCUAUUACAUAGUUUUUCUGAAAAGGUUUCUGGUACUGUUUUCACUGAAAGUCUGAAUUUGGUGUUUCCACCAUUUGCCUUAAUUACAGCUUGCACUCUGUCUGACAUCAGAUGUUUGGCAGUUGGAGAAUUGAAAUUAUCCCAGUGCACAUGUUUUGAUACUAGAGUCAAUUUCACAUCUAAUUGUGUUAUUUGCCUAAUAAGCUGCAUGACUAUGUUUGCGGGAUAUUUCCGCAUUUGGCAACAUUAUUACUAUUAUUAUUAUUAUUUUUUUAAUGUUGCCGGAUGCAGAAAUGACAAUGACGGCAUGCCUCUGCGGAAUAGAGCGGUAAUACUCUGCGGCCUUUGCGGUGAUUAAUCAUGUGCAAGUUACUGACUCCAGACGAAGCAAAACAUCCUCACACGUUAUUAUUUAUAAAAGUAGUUUUUCUGCCCUGUUGUAUCACUUUUAUGCUACCAACUCCUCACACAUGUACUGUAAGUUGUUUGGUUGCAACCAUAAAGUUGAAUUUUAUUUUAUUUUCUAAACAAGUCAUCAACAGUAACACGUCAUUAUUAUUCAAUCCAUGCUGAACCAUUAGACUUGUUUUGCCGUUAAAGAAGUGGUUCGGUAACUGCUACAGUUUGCUGGUCUUUUGACUUUAGUUUUGUCAGCUUGAGUGGGACUUUCUUUGUUGUGUUGGCUUUGUAUCUUGGAUGCUAGAUGCAUAAAGGUGAUAGUUUUUAAACCACGGUGCCAUCUCUAGUUCUGUCUUGUCCUUGUUUGGUUGAAAGUAGUCCUGCAUUGCCGGACCUAUGUCCACAGUGCAGUGUCAGCGCUGCAGUAUGGUCUGGCUGCACAAGUUAAAGUUCUGGGAUAGGGGAAAAAAACGCUCUGGCUUGUUUGUGAUAGGUUUAAAGAAAUACAAUCUUCUAGGGUGGCGUUAAGCCCCAUAUGCAGAGAAUAUGUCCUUGUAGGAUGAGUAUGCCUGAUAUCCGGUGCGUCAGGUUUUAUACGCACAGUGGACAUCCGGUAAACCAGACUAAGAUGACAAUAACUCAAUUUUGUGAAAAUCUUUCCAGCCUUUUAUCAUGAUUAGGCAUAAACAGUAGUAAUGGGCCAUCAAUUAUUAAAAGACCAUUAUAAUUAACAUUGUGUAGGAUACAUGUGUAACUCUUGCAUACAUGGUAAGACAAACAUUUUGAAUCUUCCUCUCACAUAUGCCAGUAUUUUAAUUACAUACAAGCAUUUCCCAAAGAUAAAUAUCACAUAUCAGUUCUAAAUAACAUUCUGCAAAGCAUACAAAUUGUCUUAGUUUUUGAUAAAUGAUGAAAACAAACUGUCCUUGUGGUGGUCUCUUGAAACCCACUGUAGCUGGCAGGCUCUUCGUCAGGCUAGUCCGUGUCACAUUGUCCGGUUUUGUGUUAAAGAUUGUCUCUAUCUAAUGUGUCUUUACGUGUUGCUGUUUUUAAUGUACUGUUUUUUUUUUUUUUGUUUAGUUCUGUUUAGACAUUCUGUCCUCCCUGACUUGUCCUUAGAAUUUUCUGGGAGGGCUCAGACAGUCUAGCUGAUGGACACAUGCUGUUUGGCUCAUUAACCAGCCAAUGAGCUGGCCAGCUUCUCCUGUCACUGUCCAUCAGUGUUGCCCCAUGGCAGAAUAUCUCUGUCCCUCUCACGCCUGUCUGUUUGACCGAUCAAUCAACUUUGACUUGUAAACGCAGGCUUGACUGUGGCUCCAUCCUCUUGGACCCACCUUCAGUGGUGUCCAUCACAGCCACUCCCUCAUGGUCCCUCAAAGCAACGCCAUUUGGUUAGGGGAUGGAUAAGGUGCAAGCCUUUUCUCACGUCAAACUCCUACACCUCUCUCUGCCUCUUAAACCUCAGGGCCUCGAUAGACUUUCACUGAGAGAGAAAAAAAAAACCCGUUAAAGAGAAACUUCACACACAAACUGAUCCUCAGCUCCACCUCCUUUUCUUACUUUGUACGUCACUGGGUGGUUCUAGAGGGCAGAGAGUGAACUGAAAGUCUCCAAACCCGCCGCCAGUGUGUGAACACGUGACUGAGUGUUGCUGUUGUUCCUGAUUAAGUUGUUUUCUUCUUGGUAGGCUGGAGUCAAAUUUUUAAAAAUCAAAAUGCACCUGUAGGGACUCUCUUCUCAAGACAAUGCUCACAUUAUGUUACGAUAGAUGUGAAAAUGUUAACGUUUUUGCGCCGUAAAUUGAUUUAAGCUUAAAUGCGAUUUAGUGAAAAUGUGGACGUUGUUACUGUGCUACACCACAUUCAGACUGUGUAUCGACAGCGACAAAAUCGACAUGCAUCUUAGCUACGCAUUUGAAUGAAUUUGACACUUGAUUGCCUGUUAUCUGUGUGUUUGUGUGUGGAUAUUUACAUUUACUCUUCAUCUUUUGACUACAAUGUCAGGGUUUUCUUGUUCCUGUCUCUGUGGAACAGGUGUAGACUUGCCCGAAUGACCUUUUGGACUUUGUCCAGUUGAGAAAACAUGUGUUUCCACAGCGUACUAGUGCUUUUUUGGUGAGGCCUGAACUGGCUGAGGAUUUGACUGAUUUAAAAAAAAAAUACAAAAUAAGAAGAAAUCUGAGUGUUGAACUUUUGGACACACUGAACAGCAUUAUUUGGCUAAUAUUGCUUGUCAUCAAUUAAGCCACACGUUUUUAUCGUUGUGGGUAUAAUCUGUUGCUCGUUUUUUAUUUUAUUUUAACACAACAGAGCACUUCGCAAACCUUUGAUUCAAAUGGAUGGAUUUUAUGCCAAGGAAACCAAGUACAGCCCCACAACCGUUCAUUUUAAAGACUAUGGAGCUAUGGAUGCAUGGGUGGAUUUAAUGCUGUUUGAAUAAACUCUUAAAGAGAUACCUUUUGGGAUUUUAAUGUGAAGCCAAAGGAGUGAAAACAUUUCCUGCUGGCCCUGUGCUUUGGAGGCUCCCAGAGACUGGAUUCUGUUGAGGAAGGGAUCUUUGAAUGGAUUUGAUAUCCGGAGGGGAAUUAUUGUCUGAGAUUCUGAAGUUCUGAUUUCUUGAUUUGUUCCCCACUUUUUGCCCCACCCAUCACCGUACAGAGAAUACGAUAAAUCCUAGUAAUAAUGUGUACCGAUGUCAUGUGUAUCUGUUAAAGGAUUAGUUUGACAUAUUGGGAGAUAUGCUCAUUUGCUUUGUGGAUGAGAUGAGAAGAUCUUUACCAAUCUAACACAUCAGAGUGGUAUCUUAUCUAACUCUAGGUAAGAAAGUGAAUAUAUAUGCAUAUUUCCCAAAGUGCUUUAAUUAAAAUAAAUUGCCUCCAUCACAGAUUUAUAAAUCAGGAGCGUUUGUUUCUGUAAGAAUAAAGUCUAGGUAUAGUGUAGCCCUUAUGAUAGCAAUUCAAUGAUCAGUUUAGAGCUCUUUAAUCUUAAAAUCCUCCUUUUUUUACUCAAAUGUAUGCCUUGUUUUUGAGGGCAGGUGGAGAAAAGCUAUGGAGGCCUUUUGAGGGGAGAGAGCAACCACAACAACACUUAUCUCUGACUGAUGACAAUAAUUCCCAAACUCAACCUAAGAAAUGACACACUAAAAAGGACUGCAGUCUAAGAUGUUGAGAUGUUUUUCCAUACACACUGCUACAUACAAAGGCCCUCACGUGGUCACACUCUCAAUGGACUGACCCGAGUGUGUCCACAAUGCGUCCGUACCCAUUGAUGCUAAUGCUGUUGGGUUUUUCUUUGAUUUAUGUCAUUUUUUUCCCCUCAUUUUGUGUUUGUGAGGAUGCAAAUGUCACUCAUAAAGUUUCUAUUGUAAAAAAAUAAAUAAAAGUGUUGGGUUUGUUUGCAA